GUUGCUGCUCAAGGCGGCGCGGUGCUGGGUCGGUUCCUUCCAGCGCGCGCGUGAGCCGAGUUCUAAAGAGACCUGCCCCCCCCCGCACUCCCGGCUUGAGAAAUGAGGAAUAUGAGCAAAGAGCCCUCUGGACCCCCCAACCGAUAUGCUUCUUGUGAAUGGUACUACCAUGUUCCACUGAAACGAUCAGAGAAGACUGUGAACUCAGAAAUCUCAAUUCCUCCACCAUCCCAGAUCCCAGGUCUGAGCAACCUUGGAGAGCAUCACAACGAAAUUACAUUUGGGAGCCGCAGGAAAUGGAUCAAAGACACAGACUCAGAAUACGUAAAGCUGGCAAAGCAAGGAGGACGACCUGAUUUGCUGAAACAUUUUACACCUAGUACAAGAAAAACAUCCCCAGUAGCUUAUGCUGUACCUGACUGGUAUACACACCACAGUAAACCACUAACAGAUGAUGAAUCUAAAGCCCAAGUUUCCUCAAUGCCUGACUACAUGGUUCAUGAAGAGUUUAAGUCUGAUCAGCUCAAUGGUAACUAUGAAACAAAAAGAGGACCUUUUGAUUUUGAUAUGAAAAGUAUUUGGCAGAGGGAUGCUGAGGACAAGGAGAACAAAGAGAAAAAGAAGGAAAAUGCUGCUCAAGUUCAGGUCCAUGUGGGCAACACAAAAGAGGUAAAGCUUCCUGCUAUAAACCCCAAAUACCCGAACAGAAUACCACCCUCUUCUGCAAAUAAGGAAUUCCACGGGGGAAAUAGGCUUUAUUUUCCACCUAUGCCUGGUCAGAAAAACAAUGAACCAGUAAACUUCAGCAAACUGAUUAGCAAUGGUUACAGGAAUGAUUGGAUUCAGCAGCGUAAUGACUGGGAGAAAAAGAUUCAGCAAACCUCAAAAAAUAAUGAGCAGCCUGAAGAGACUCUUCCUCCAAGUGAGUACCAGAAGAAAAUAGGAAAGAAGCAGAAAGCUAAAAAAUAUACGUUGUCAUUCAAAAGAAAAACUGUUGCAAAAAUAAAGGAUGAGCCCAGAUCUCAAUCUGGACCUGAAAUAAGUGCCCUGCCUAAGAAGUCACUCUUCAAACUCAACAUGUUCAGAGACAUCCCAGCCCGAAUUGACUCCAACAGACAAGUAAAAGCUGCAGCUUCAGAGAUGUAAUAAAGAUAUUAAUAUUUUAAAAAGAGCAUCAAGAACAGUAAAGCAUGAUAUAGCUUAUGAAACAGGCUCCUAUGUUUAUAGGUUGAUAUUUGUUAAUUACACGUAUCUAACCAUUGUAGUUAAAUUCAUCCCUGGUGCAACUUCUUUACUUCAGUAGCUUUACACCAGAGAUGAAACUGGUUCAGUGCUUCACUCCAGCAAGUUUUACAGUUUAGGCAAUAGCUACUGCAGUAUACAUCUAGGUCUGGUUUUAAUGUUAUGUCAGCAUACAAAAUUGAAACUUUUAUUAUCACUGGUUCCAUCAGACUAUCUAUACUAUUCCCAUCAAUUUGCUUUUUCAUUAAGGUUUCAUCCACAUACAAAUACUGUACCAAUAUAAUUAAAGUAGUACAAUCCCCCGUACUGUGGACACAGUUAUGCCGUUAAAGGAAGGGGAAGUAUACGGAUGUAAACAUGUCUACACUAAAGAUUGUAUUAGUAUAACUACUUAGAUAAAAUCUCACACUCCCAACUGAAAAGUUAUACUGGUACAAAAACUCUUAGACAAGGUUUACAGCUUUCUUACAACACUGCAGCACUGCACCUGCUACAUAGGAAUUGGUUGAUCAGUGGCACUGCUGCAGGGACAGGAGCAACUCAGCAGAUUCUGUAGCAUCAUGUGUCAUAGUUUUGCAUGUUUUGCAUCACUGGAAAUGGUUCAGUAGCAAAAACAAUGAGACUGAUCUGAGCAAUACUUGCUGUCUGCACUUAAAGCCUUUAAAGUCUUAAUAAUUUUGUAUGUCUUGUAAUUUUGACUGGGUCAACAAAAUUCUAUUUAAUGCUAGAGUUCUGUGUUGUUGGUUCAUAUUAAGCAAAAAACAGUUAUAUUUUUGAAAUAACAAUGCAUAUUAAUGGUAAAGAUGUUACUCUGAAAGCUGGGAUGUAUUAACAAUUUUCAGUACUGCAUUUUCACAUUUACUUUUGUCUGUUUGAAUUACGGUUUGUCCCUUGAAUCUCAUAAACCGUACAAACAUUGAAUCUGUUUGAGUAGAUUCCACUAGAAAAAUGGACAUAAUUUUGGAUUUGGUUCAUCAAGAAAUUUCCUUUCAUACUGUGGGGAAAAGAAAAAAAACAAAGUAUUAUUACAACUGAAAUGUUAAUUUGGUUAUUUCCUUUUCAGAAUAUACUCACCAUUCAUUGUACAUCUGUUAAUCCAAAAUUAAAGGUUUUAAGUCAUAUUACCAAAAAAAGCAUCUGUCUGAAUGCAGUGUUUUCUGAAUUAGUUUGCACUGAUUUAGCAAUACUUUUUAAUUAGUUUGGUAUGAAAAUUGGUUAGACACUAUUAUAAAAGUGGGCCUAUUACCAAUUCAAAGCCAAAAAACAUAGGGUGAAAUCCUGACCCUAUUGAAGAUAGUUGGAGUUUUGCCAUUCACUUCAGUGAGAUCAAGACUUCACUUACCAUUUCAAACACCAGUUCAGGUUUCUAAAUAAAUGGUAAACAUUGUAUUUAUCACAUAAUUUACAAAACUCAAGUCCUUAAAUAAAUCUUAUAAUGUCCACAUAAUAAGCAAACACAUUCUUAUUAAGUAUAAAGAACUGCAUGAAUUUUCCCAGGAGAUUUAACUAUUUGGAAAGGUUGAAAAGGUAGUAACAAGCUAUUUCUCAGAAAGAGGAAGACAAAGAAUGUCAGCUGAAAGUCAGCAUUUCAAAUUCAGGGCAAUUUCUUUGCGACCUAUGAAUCAAAAAUAGUUCGACAAAUUUUCUUCCUGCUUGCAGAAGUCUUUUGCCUCCAGAGUAAAUGUGGAAAUUUGCCCAAACACAUCCCCAAAAUUAUAGGCAUGCUAAAAUAAGACUUUAUAAUGAAAGCUUGUUACAACCUGAACCAUGCAGAGCUGCUGCCUCUCCAUAAUGAUACAUGUCUUUGAGAGAAAGAGGAUUUGUGUGUGUUUACAUAUAGCAGGCAGAUUGUGAACAGUUCUGUAUCAGGAUUUCAAAAAGGUACUAUAAUAAGGUAUAUAUUUUGUAUAAGAACUCCUGCUUUAUAAUGGACAGAUGGUAUGGUCAGUUACAAAAUGCCAUACUUGUUGUAGUACCUACCUGUAGCUCCACAAAGUGUUCAGGAGAAUAAAUACUCUAUGUAGCUUCAUGAAAAUCUUGUAGAACGAUACACUCAUAAAUUUCUCCAAGCCACACCCUGGGAAUACAGCAUUUGUCAGCUGAUACAGCAUUGUAAACUGUAUGCCUGCUGACAGGCUUACAUCUAUUGUUAGUGUCUGAAAAGAAUGACUACCUUACAGUACAAUGGACAGUUCUAGUUGUACAUUUCUAACAAUGAUGACCUAUGACCAUAAGAUCAAUGUCAUUCAUAAAAGCCUCAGGAAUACCUAUAUUACUUAAAUUGUAAGAAGUCAUAUUGUCAUUUAAUCUCCUCUUUUUCCCUCUAAAAGAAAGCUCUCCUGUGUUAAGUGGAAUGUUCUUCAGUGCUCACUGUCAUGGGCUUUAGUGAAAGAAAACAAGAGGAAGAGAGAACGAAAAUCAGAAAAGAGAGGAAGUGGGAAUAAUUCUUCAGAUUUAAGCAAUUCAGCUAUAUGAUGGCUAUGAGCAAAGUCCACCUUUAAAUCAUUUACAUUUUUGCUUACUGAUGUUGUUGUGGGGGUUUUGUACGCCUAUGGUGAUUUGUGACCUAAAUACUUAAGAUAGAUAUUGAACUUCUUUCAGUCUGUUAAACAGGCUCUUAGUGCCCUGUCAAAUUUCCUUUUAAGGAGUUCCCUCCAAGAACAUAUAUAGUGGAAUUCAGUAAAUGAGUGAGAAACAACUUAUUUGAAUAUUUUCUUAGAAAAAUGUUUUGAAAUUAAUCAAAUUAUUUGUUUGUAGUCUCUGAUACAGACUGCCAAAAAAAAUCUAUCAUUUAAAGGAACUGCUACAGAGUAUGGUAAUCUAUGUAAUACUGUUAGCUUGGACAGGGGAAUUAUAAGCAAAGCAAAGGAGUCUGGUUAGAUCUUCCUUUUCUGUAUUGCUCUUUGUUUCAUACUUGUAAUAUUUCCUCCUCUCUCCUCACACAGCUCUAUCCAAAAUUUCCCAAAUUAAUUUAAAACUAGGUUUGGGUACAUAAGUCCUCUUCUUUGCCAUUUACCCCUCUGGUAGAGUUCUUACUUAACAAUUUUGUUUAAUGAUUGUAGCAGGGGAAUGGAAGUCAGGCUUCACCAUGUGUUCCUGACUUGGCCACUGAAUCACUCCGACCUCACUCUGCCCUUUUUAACUCAAUUAAAAGCAGGUACAUCAGGGGCUCUCAAAUUCAACCACCCCCCCACACACAAUGUGGCAUCCUUGUGGCAUUUUAGACAUGAAUUUAUUUGGACAUGAG